AUGAUGUCUGUGGAUUUGAAAAUUGCAGUAAUCUUCCUGGUCCAGAUUACCAUUGGAAUCCUGGGGAAUUUCUCACUCUUAUAUCAUUAUAUGUCCCUUUGCUUCAAUGGAGGUAGGUCAAGAUCCACAGAUGUGAUUUUCAGGCACUUGACUGUAGCCAACUCUUUGGUCAUUCUCUCGAGAGGAAUCCCGGAGACCAUGGCAGCUUUUGGGUUGAGAUAUUUUCUCAAUGACUUUGGAUGCAAAGUUGUUUUCUAUAUGCACAGAGUGGUCAGGGGUGUAUCCAUUGGCACUACCUGCCUCUUGAGUAUCUUCCAGGCCAUCACCAUCAGUCCCAGGAGUUCCAGGUGGGCAGAGAUGAAAGCAAAAGCCCUGAAGUACAUUGGCCCCUCCACCAUUUUGUGCUGGAUUCUGCACAUGUUGGUAAAUAUCAUAGUACCUAUGUAUGUGAUUAAAAAAUGGAGUAAUGAAAACAUCACAACUAUAGACUUUAAGUACUGUUCAGCUACACUUCACGACAAAGGUACAGACUUCCUAUGUGCAACUGUCACAUCCAUCCCUGAUGUUUUGUGUUUGGGGCUCAUGUCCUGGGCCAGCGGCUCCAUGGUUUUCAUCCUUUACACACACAAGCAGAGGGUCCAACACAUUCAUAGGACCAACCUGUCAUCUAGAUUCUCCCCUGAGACCAGAGCCACUCAAACCAUCCUUGUCCUGGUAAGCACCUUUGUAUCUUUUUAUACCCUCUCUUCCGUCAUUUACAUUUGUUUUUCUUGUUUUGGCAAGACCACUUGGUGGCUGGUGAACACCACUGCCUUAAUCAGUAUCUGUUUCCCAACUGUCAGCCCCUUUAUUCUCUUAAGUUGUAACCCCUGUGUAUCUAGACUCUUCUGUACAUGUACUAGAAGAAAUACACAACUACCCCAUCUCACCAGAAACAUAUAA